AUGAUAGAAAGGAACCACCUCGAGGCAGACGCCAUGCCUCCCGUCAAGCAGCCGUGGAUUGAGACGCCGUUGCUCGAAUCAACAGUCCUAUCCAAAAUCGCUGGCUGUCGCAUCUUCCUCAAACUCGAAAACCUCCAGCCCUCGUCGUCGUUCAAGUCCCGGGGCAUCGGCAACUUGAUGCUGAAAAGCAUUCAAGAACAGUCAGAGUCGCCGUCCGACGACAGACCGCUGCACUUUUACUCGUCCUCCGCGGGCAACGCGGGGCUCGCAUGUGUGACGGCGGCAACGUCUCUGGGCUAUGCGUCCUCGGUUGUGGUGCCCACCAGCACCGACGAAGCCACGACCGCAAAGCUCCUUGCGGCGGGGGCCAGCGAGGUGAUUUCACACGGCGACAGCUGGUUCUUCGCCGACCAACACCUCCGAGAAGUGGUCAUCCCCGCCGCCGAGGCCCGGGGCGAGAAGGGCAUCUACAUCCACCCCUUUGACCACCCUUACAUCUGGCAAGGCGCGGAGACCAUGGUCGGGGAGAUCAAGAAGCAGAUGCCCCAGGGCGAGAGGCCGGACGCCAUCAUCUGCUCCGUCGGCGGCGGCGGCCUGUUUUCUGGCAUCAUGCAAGGCCUUGACGGCGUCGGCUGGUCCGAUCAGGUCCAAGUGCUGCCCGUGGAGACCCUGGGCGCAGACUCGCUGGCGCAGUCGCUCCAAAAGAAAGAACUCGUCACGCUCCCGGCCAUCACGUCCGUCGCGACGUCGCUGGGCGCCAUUCGCGUUGCCGAAAACACCUUCAAGCAAGCGCAACGGCCCGCCAUUACGUCCGUGGUGCUCGAAGACGCCGAGGCCUGCGCCGCCUGCUGGCGCUUCCUAGACGACGAGAGGAUCCUCGUCGAGCCGGCCUGCGGCGCGAGCGUGGCCCUGGCGUACGACGGGCGGUUGAAGAGCGUGCUGAAGGGAUUCAGCCCGGCGUCGAAGGUCGUGAUCAUCGUCUGCGGCGGGUCCAAGAUCUCGCUCGACCUGUUGAACACGUACCGGGAGAAAUACCAGAAGCGGAGUGAGGAGCUGGCCAAGAAGUAUGAACAAGAGAGUUAA